UGGAAGUGCCUGUGUGAGACCGAAGAUUGCGCAAUUGCGGUGAACUUGACGACGGACAUCGUAAUCCGCCCGUCAGAUAAUCACUUUUCCGGUUGCUUUGAAUUGUUUCAACCUAAAAAGACCAAAACCUACCAAGAAGUCGGAGAAAAGGAUAUGAAAGGCGGUGGUGGUGGGGGCGGGCUGUCAGUUACCGGAAAAUGGCGAUGGAGAGGUCUGGUGAUUGGAGUACUCUUUCUCGUUAUUCUUUCUAUGCUAGUUCAUCUGGCGUUUUUGCUCGGUGUUCGCAAUGGCUUUCACUCUCCCAAUCCCAACGGAUAUGUCCCCGUGCAACACACUUCAGUUUCGAAUGGUGAUAACGAUAGAUCCAGCAUUAGUAAUGCAAACAAUGAUACUGAGAAUGACCGAUCAGUCCAUAUUAAUGAAAUUGUGGCAAAACUAGCACCAAAGCUUUCAAAGGAUGUGCUUAGAAAAUCGACUGCUGGAACUGAAAAUCAGACCACUGAUAGGAAUGUUAUGCAGAGUGGUCAGCAUAAAGAAGCUUUACCAGUUGAACCUCACACUGUGCUGCCACCACCUCCAAAUACGAUUGAUACUAGCUAUGCUGCAAAAAUUGAAGGCACAGAUGUCAAAGGUGGUAUUAAUGAAAAUGAAAAUUGUGAUUUGAAAUUUGGGAGCUACUGCCUUUGGCGCAAAGAACAUAGAGAAGACAUGAAGGAUUCUAUGGUAAAGAAAUUGAAGGACCAGCUUUUCGUGGCCAGAGCAUACUAUCCUAGUAUUGCAAAACUUCCAUCACAGAGUAGAUUAACUCGUGAAUUGAGACAAAAUAUUCAAGAAUUGGAGCGUGUUCUUAGUGAAAGUGCUACAGAUGCUAAUCUUCCACAAGAGAUUGGAGAGAAGUCACAAAAGACGGAAGCAGCAAUAGUCAGAGCUAAAUCAUUCCCUGUGGACUGUAAUAAUAUUGACAGGAAACUGAGGCAAAUAUUUGAUUUGACUGAGGGUGAAGCUAGCUUCCACAUGAAGCAGAAUGCAUUCCUUUACCGGCUAGCAGUUCAAACUAUGCCAAAGAGUCUUCACUGUUUAUCUAUGAAACUAACUGUGGAAUAUUUCAAAUCUCCUUAUCUGGAUCUGGAGCGUUCUCAGGCUGAUAAAUAUUCAGAUCCCCUAUUGCAUCACUAUGUUAUAUUCUCCAAUAAUGUGCUCGCUUCAUCAGUUGUAAUAAACUCAACAGUUAUGCAUUCAAAAGAGAGUGAGAGUCAGGUUUUCCAUGUGCUGACUGAUGAACAGAAUUACUUUGCAAUGAAACUAUGGUUCUUCAGAAACGCUUUUAAAGAAGCCACUGUUCAAGUGUUGAACAUUGAAAAAUUCAGUCUGGACUACUAUGAUAAGGCAACUCUUUCACAUCUGUUAUUGCCUGUGGAGUUUCGAGUUUCUUUCCGCAAUGUUGAUGAUUCAUCAACCCAAGAAAGAACACAAUACUUAUCAGUUUUUUCUGAUGUGCACUAUCUUCUACCUGAGAUAUUUCAGAGUUUAGAGAAGGUUGUGGUUCUGGAUGAUGAUGUUGUUGUACAGAAAGACUUGUCAGUACUGUGGAACCUUGACAUGGGAGGCAAAGUAAACGGUGCUGUGCAAUUCUGCUCUGUGACAUUGGGUCUGCUGAAGAGUUAUUUGGGUGAAAAGAAUUUCAAUAAAAAUUCUUGUGCUUGGAUGUCUGGAUUGAAUUUAGUUGAUCUGGCAAGGUGGAGAGAGCUGGAUCUUACUAAAACUUACAGGAAGAUGGCAAGAGAGCAGGUGAGCCUUGAAGAGGAAUCAAUUGAAGCUGCUGCUCUGCCCGCAAGUUUGCUCACCUUUCAGGACCUAAUUUAUGCUCUUGAUGGUGUAGGGGCAUUGUCAGGACUUGGUCACGAUUAUGGUCUUGAUGUCCAAACCAUCAAGCAAGCUGCAGUUUUGCACUAUAACGGAAACAUGAAACCUUGGCUGGAGCUGGGAAUUCCAAGAUACAAACAAUACUGGAAGAAGUUUUUGAAUCCAGAAGAUCAAUUUUUGAGUGAAUGCAAUGUCCAUGCAUAACGAGUUUGGUGGUGCAGGUUACAGCUAAAAUUCCUGGAAAACUUUUGCUCAAGAAGCUUGGAUGUAUGUACGCAAGUUCUUUUUCUGGGCACUGAGCAUUUCUAUUCGCCCAAUUCCUGAAGGUUCUCGGGUAACAAGGAAGCUGACAACCAUGAUCGAUAUAUGGUGAAGAUUACCUUUUCCGAAGAGCGGAAGAAGUUCUCUGGAGGUGGCUACAGUUGCUUGGAAUGGAAGAUUUUCAGGUGUAUAAUGAUCUAAUAUUUGUUUGAAAAUGCAGUGAGUGAUGAUGAUAAAAGCUUCAUUCUCUUCUUGUUUCGGUAAAUUGAAUUAGAACCCUAUGCCCUAUAUCCUACAUCUUAAACCUUAAACUCUAGUCUAGAAGUGGGGGAAAAGCUUGAGAUAUCUUUGUAUAAAAAUUUUGCAAGUGUAGAACUGUUGUAAGAGUAAAAUAACAUUGGAAUUUUUUAUGUGGACA